CGUUUGGACUGUUGGCCUGACGCUUCGCGUUUUCGGGGGUGGACGUCUCUCAGUUAGCCGCCGUGGGCGAGAAGUGUCUCUCUCUCACUCACUCACUCACCUACCUCUCACCCCACGUGACUUCUAGCUCGCGACCGUUCGUUUUCACAAACUCGGUUCACAAAAAUAUUGAAAUGUGCUUCAAAAAAACUCGGUUCUAUUGCCUACUGCUUUAUGAAAAUAGUUGUUACUUUAUACACAGUGUGUUUCAUUCUUACUUUUUGUUUUUGAAGUUUUGAUCACUUGUGAAUCGGAUUGUGUGUUGAGAAGUGUGUGUUGUGUAUGGUAACGACUUGAAUAUAGUUUAGCAGGAUGUAGGAAAUACCUUUAGAAACUUAUUGAAGUCUGAAUCGGACAUAAUCUGCACGGUAUUAUUGUUGUAUUCUGGGCAUAGUCUGAAGAUCUAAGACUUUUAGAACGGCCACGACCGCAUGGUGCUUGAGACGGUGCUGGAGAGGGAGAACCGCGCCUAUCUGCUGCACAGCUUCCCAGCGGCGGCGGCCAUGUCGCAACGCGAGGACGAUCACUUCUGCGACAGUCAGCAGCUAUCUGCCGCACAUUUGAUGCGUUUCCAGCAUGGCCGGCAGUCACUGGACAGUAUCACACGCAAGACAAGUCGCAAGAGUGUCACAUUUCGCAGUGUCGAACAGCUCAACCGAAGAGACAGUGCUGGCGACGAACAUAUUAACCGGAUAGACAGUGGGGAACAGAUUAAUAGGAGAUACAGUAGUGAACGCGCCUCCGAAGAACAGCUCAAUAGGAGAGGCAGUGGGGAGCGACAGUGGGAUUGUUGUGGGGGUAGUGAAGGUAGAGCGGAUCUGAAGCUAGAACUAGAGGGUGCCUCGAUGUGUGGCUCAUGUAAACGCAGGACUAGUGUGAGUGUAGUGUCGUCACAUUCGGCUCCGGUGACUCCUUCAUGCGGCUGCGGUACUCCCGCCUUUCCACCGGCGUCGCCUUCCUGCGGUUGCGGCACCCCCGCCUUUCCGCCGGUCACAGUCGACGUGACGGCACGGCGGAAACACCGCACCCAGCUCAGUGUGGAUCCCGCGUUCCCCCGCAACGCGGACUGCUGUUCGCGUCCGUUCACCCGCGUCAACCUAGUGCUGCGUUCGCCGUCUUCCGCCCCUCAGCCCCCAAUCGACAUCGCGUCAACAGGGGGCGGUGGCCUGACCUAUACUACGUGCUCCUACAACCGCGGCUUCCAGUCGCGGCUGCAGAUCAGCAUCGGAGCGGGUGGAAGGGGCGGCAGUAUCUCGGCCGCUCGCUCCCGACCGCCCCCGUUCGCAUCCCGUGCCGCCUCCGCCGCUCGCCUUCGACCAGCCACCUCCUUGCCUGAUGUCGCCACCACCUCUGCACUCCUCCACAUGUCGCCUGCCGACACCGCCUUGCUCAAUCCUGAAAAACAAGUGUUGGUGUCGAAACAGCUAGAACAAAAGCAAAGGCUGGAAAAAGAACUUGAACGUGAAAAGGAGAAGCUACGUUUUAUGGAAAGAGAAAUUGAACUGAUGGAAAGGCGACUGGACGGUGCCUCCACAACAUUGUCUACCUCCUCUGUACUCCAUUCCCGAGCAAAUAAGGUGCAAGAGCUGCGUGAUGAAAUAUUGAGGCUACGUGACGAAUGCACGCGUAUGACGACAGAAGUCGACCAAAGUGACGUGCCUCUAGGCGAGACUAGCGAAGAAUUCUACAGGCACAGGGUCUAUACAGAGCAAAUGAGUUGUCCUGCAUCUCUGCCCAAUUUCCCUACCCGUGGCGACAAUGACACACUACACAUACCGCGACACAGCUCGCUGGACCUGAGCGGCAGCGCGGAGCAGCGCGAAGCGGCGGCGGCGACAACAGCCGCAGCCGCAGGCGACCCAGGUGCCGCAGCCGCAGGCGGCCCAGGUGCCGCAGCCGCAGUCGGCGACGGUCCCAGCUGGACGUGUCACGUCUGUACAUUCCGCAACCAUCCGCUACUCAAGCAGUGUGAACAGUGCGAUAUGCCGCGCAUCAAUCUCGGUGUCUUUGGAGGAACGCAGAAUAUUCAUAUUCACGUCACACAUCAUAACUUUCCGUCAAGAAGAGAAGCACACAGUUGGGUUGUAUGACGUUUCUUCGGAAAACUUAACGACUGUUUCAAUUAUCAAGACUUUGGUACGAGUAAACCUUUUUUGUUAAAGUGUCAUAUUGUACAGAUAAAUCAUUUUGUUUACUACA